GAGUGCUUGGUGCGAGGAAAUACGGGUGUUGUGACUUCGCCGCCUUGCAACCACAAUUACAAAUGGUGUUACAGAUAGUGCAGGUGACCGUGUCAAGAUACCUUUCUGCGUAGAUAUAAAAGUAUGGUCAAUCCUGACACUCCUUGAGCAGAACGCUCCUACAAUCGCAUAGUUGACAUGGACGCAAGCUCUGAGCAACUCAACGUCCGCUUCCCCAAGCCGGCUCUCGUGCCGUCCUCUAUUGUAUCCACCCCCACCAUUCACGCUGGCCGGACUCCCGAGUCUACUCAGGCCGUCCUCGACUGUCUCAAGGACAACCACCAGCGAUUCCACAUAUUGGGCUUUCACAAUCAUGCAUCACAUCACCUUCUGGCAAUCUACGCGAUGGGCGCGAGUGCUGAAGUGAUACGAGGAGCAUAUGACACCCAUAUCGCAUACCAGCGGCCUGCUAAGGAUCGAGUCUGCGCGGCGACAGUCGACGAGAAGAAUUGGAAGGACCACCUUGGAGACGAAAUGUAUUAUCAAGCUUACGUCUCAUUCUUCUCUCAGCUCCUCCUGUCGCAGCAGACCAAAGGGCUCCAAACCAUUCUGGAAGACUACGUCUUCUCGACAGACGCGAACCUCGUUGCGGGCAAGAAUGGAGUUAAGCCGUACAUGCUUGGCCGCUUCUACUCAGGCUUUUUCCACCCGUUGAUUCACAUUGCCUACGGGGCUGAGUUUGGUCUGCCUGGCCUGGCUGCUGAAGGCCUGGCGCAGGCUGCAGUGCACUCACUCGAUACAGAAGCGAUAUUUACCCCAGAAUUCUUUAAUGUGGACUCUGUCGACACCCUUGCCUCUCGUCUCAGCUCGCUCGCCGUCUCCACAGCGGGCGCUAUGGGUUUGAACACCCCAUCGGCGGACGUACAUGCCCUUACUAUCCUGUCGCGCAUAGAGAAGGACACGGACUUUGCGCCAGAGAACCUUAAGCUCCCUGAUCUUCGCAAUCUAGGCUCUGUAUACAGCGUUGUUGUCAGUCAAGCCGACGGCAAGCUCUUGAAGUACGCUGAGGAAUGGUCCAAGACUGUCAUACCGGACCGAGAUGUUCUGAAGAGGAAGUUCGAGGAGCUUGUGUGGAUGAAUACUGUGAUUUACGGCGUCGGAGGCUGGGGAGGUAGAGCGCUGGGAGGGGACGAGAAGGGCAAAUUUAACGGCGACUUCAUCCUCAUGCACGGCGUUACCUCUGUGAUGAUGACCGCGUCUCUUCUCAAUACCCUUAGUCUCAACUCUACUGUCCUUCUCCUCCGUGCGUACUUUGUCUUCUCUCUCCUUGCGUACACGGUACGCGGUCGCCCCGCGCUCCCUAUCAAAGACUUCUACGCCAACACGUCGCUCUACCCGUCGCCGCCUGGCGCCCAGCCUGCUGCGGCCAAGGACACCAUUGAGCCCUCCACGGCGCCGAAUCCGUGGCUGCCAAUCGUCCAGACGACGCUCGUGCACCCGGAUGAGCACCUUUGCAAGGCGCAGCGUUCUCUUAUGCACUUUGCCGUGUGCUACGGUGGCACGGAGCUCGGAGCGUUUGCGCACUCGGGCCUGCAGGGUGCGGAGGUGCUCGACGGAACGCUCUUCGCCAGGGUGGCGGCCCUCACCGCGGACAGGCUCGGCUGGAUGCGCGAGGGAGAGGGAAAGCGGGGAUGGGACUUUAAUGGGUUCUCUCAAGUGUCGAAGAUUUAAGGCGGUUAACCAGCGAUUUGCUUGAAUCAAGGUUGUAGAAUAUAAAUGAUACAGUGAUUAUAUGCUAAGUGCGG